CAGCAAAGAAUAAAAUUUCCCUUUGUCCUCCAACGAUUUUCAGCUCCACUUGACGCCGAGCUCGCCCUCCUCCCUCCUCCCCCUUCCCCUUCCGCGCCCCGGCCUCGGUUCCCCAAGGCCCAAACCCUAGCGAAGGAGGAGGGAGCUGCGUGGGGGGCGAAUGGAGCUGCAGGUGUUCCACAGGGCGCUCGGGCUCUCGCUCGUCGGCGACCUCAGCACCGCCAUCGGUGCGCUGUUUGUAGUUUUGAAUCCAACCCCUAACCUUAAGAUGCUUGGGCUUCUACAGGGUUUUGCUGCUGGGCUUAUGCUGAGCAUCUCCUUUCUGGAUCUGGCACACAAUGCAAUAAAUUCUAUUGGCUUCUUGAAGGGCAACCUCUGGUUUUUUGCAGGAGUUCUUUUCUUUGGUUUCAUUGUCAAGUUUAUUCCAGAGCCAGCCUUUUCACCACAAGCUGAUCCAAGUGAGAAAAAGGCUGAUGAUGGUGGGUCGGGUAAAGAUAUGAUGAGAAAGCAUCGCCGGCAAGUGUUAUUCAGUGGUAUUAUCACUGCUGUUGGAAUUAGCUUGCACAAUUUUCCAGAGGGAAUGGCUGUAUUUCUUGGGUCUGUGAAGGGUCUUCAUGUGGGUUUGAACUUGGCUGUUGCUAUCGCUUUACAUAACAUACCAGAGGGGGUUGCUGUAGCUCUUCCAAUCUAUUUUGCUACCAGGAGCAAAUGGCAGGCAUUUUAUGUGGCAGCAGGAUCUGGUUUGGCUGAGCCAGUAGGAGUAAUUGCUGUAGCUUACUUGUUCCCAAGCAGCUUGAAUCCUGAAAUUCUCGAAGGCCUACUUGGAUCUGUUGGUGGCGUUAUGGCUUUCCUCACUCUGCAUGAAAUGCUGCCUCUUGCGUUUGACUAUUGUGGCCAGAAGCGAGCUAUCAAAGCAGUAUUUUUGGGCAUGGCAUGCAUGUCUGCAAGCUUGUACUUCCUGGAGAUCAGCCUACCAAAGGAGAUAAGCUUGUAGCAUCACAUCUGUAGCGCCGCAAGUGCUCCACCUCCACAGUGUUACCUGAAUUCUGAAGCUGAGAGCUUGUCAGUAAAUCCUGAUUUCUGGCAGGGGAAUGUUUGCUCCUGGAACAGUCAAUCAUAUGACCAUGUGUUUAGGCAGUAGGCAUCACACCAAAACAUCAGAACUGAAAGCAAGAACGGCUAGAUGUGUCGGGGGAGGGGAAAACUGCAUUUCCCCAGGAUGUAAAAGCCAAAUUAGUUGUCAGAAGAUGCGUAGCAACUAAAAACAAUCGAAAAACUGUAUCAGAUGGUCGACAAUGAAAGCUUCAAAAGUACACCAAUUGCACUAUUUGUUCCAAAAAAAAAGGAACGUUAACGUCGACCUUUUGGAACUUUGGUUGUGAACAACCACCGAACUAAGUUUGUUGCUCCA